UUUGCUCAUCUCUUCUCUGUAAUAGAAUAGGAAUAGGAUAGACUUCACUGCCACGGCACGCAGGCGCCCGCGCGCGGGCGCACAUUAUAUAACAAUCAAUAAAUCAAAUCACAUUGGUAUUCACAUUUCACAUUCCCAUGGGUGUCCAAGCAAAUGACAAACUGCCAAAACCACAGUAGCUGCCUUCUUUCCGACACUCACUCAGCUCUCAAUCCUCUUCCUUUCCCAUUUCCCAUUCUCACUCUCACCACCACCGCCACCAUAUAUACACACACACACACAAAGCUAAAUCGAAUCCAGUCCAGUCCAUUUCCAAUGGCCAAACCUCCCAUUACUCUCCUCCUCCUAAUAAUAUCAUUUCUCUUCCAAGCACUACUCCCAAUCUCCUCUAGCCCCAUCCAAAAUGUCGUCGUCCUGGUCAUGGAAAACCGCUCCUUCGAUCACAUGCUGGGCUGGAUGAAGAAGCUCAACCCCGCUAUCAAUGGCGUCUCCGGCUCCGAAUCCAACCCCCUCUCCACCUCUGACCCCGAUUCCCCUCGCCUCUACUUCCGCAACCAAGCCCACUACGUCGACCCGGACCCGGGCCACUCUUUCCAGGCCAUUCGCGAACAAAUCUUCGGCUCCAACGACACCUCCCUGUUCCCUCCCCCCAUGAACGGCUUCGCCCAGCAAGCCCUCUCCAUGGACCCCGCCAUGCCACAAGCCGUCAUGAACGGCUUCCACCCCAACAAGGUCGCCGUCUACAAGUCCCUGGUCGCCGAGUUUGCAGUCUUCGACAGGUGGUUCGCCUCCGUCCCGGCCUCCACUCAGCCCAACCGCCUCUUCGUCCACUCCGCCACCUCCGCCGGCGCCACCAGCAACAACUCCACAUUACUCGCCAAAGGGUAUUCGCAGCGGACCAUAUUCGAGAACCUCGACGCCGCCGGACUGUCCUUCGGGAUAUACUACCAGAACAUUCCGGCGACGCUGUUUUACCGGAACCUGAGGAAGCUCAAGUACCUGGGCAGGUUCCAGCCGUACAAGCCGUCGUUCAAGAGGGACGCGAUGAGUGGGAAGCUUCCCAAUUACGCGGUGGUGGAGCAGCGGUACGUGGACACGAAGGCGGAGCCGGCGACGGACGACCACCCGUCGCACGACGUGUACAGGGGGCAGAUGUUCGUGAAGGAGGUGUACGAGACGCUAAGGGCGGGGCCGCAGUGGAACCAGAGCCUUCUGAUCAUCACGUACGACGAGCAUGGUGGGUUCUACGAUCACGUGCCGACCCCGGCACGUGGGGUUCCCAGCCCGGACGAUAUUGUGGGGCCCGAACCCUUCUUCUUCAAGUUCGACCGGCUGGGAGUUAGGGUUCCGACCAUCUUGGUCUCUCCUUGGAUCGACAAGGCCACCGUUGUCCAUGGAUCCGGUGGAAGGCCAUUUCCCACAUCAGAGUAUGAGCAUUCAUCCAUCCCAGCAACAAUGAAACACAUCUUCAACCUGCCCUCCUUUCUGACAAACAGAGAUGCUUGGGCUGCGACCUUUGACUACAUCCUCCAAAUCCGUCAAGAACCCAGAACGGAUUGCCCCGUGCAACUGCCAACUCCAGUUCGGAUAAGGGAAGGCGAGGCCAACGAAGACGCCAUGCUAAGUGAAUUCCAGCAGGAGCUAAUGCAGCUUGCAGCAGUGCUUAAGGGAGACGACACUCUAACAAGUUUUCCAGAUAUAGGAAAGGAAAUGACUGUAAAGGAAGGGAAGGAAUACAUGGAGGCUGCAGUGAAACGCUUCUUUGAGGCAGGGCUUGCUGCUAAGAAAAUGGGUGUUGAUGAAGAACAAAUUGUCAGAAUGAGGCCCUCCCUCACCACAAGAUCAUCCAAACCCUAAAAUGGAUGUUCCAAAACAGAAAUCAAGGGCUGAAUCUUGAGCCGAAAUCUGCAAAGUUGAAGCACCCUCACAAUGUUGAUAAAGCGUGACAUUAGUAAAUGAUCAAUGAAAAUGGCUUAGGAAUCCUAAUACAGGUAUGAGUACUUAAUUUGAGCUUGUAAAUAUUUUGCUAGCCAAGACUGCGUUAAUUAAUCAGUACGGCAAAAACCACGUUGUUAGUGGGCAUCCUAUUAGUAUCUAUUGAUAUCCUGAAUUAAACUCUCUCUAAUUAGGGUUGGUUUGGCUCAGGCUUUUAGUGGAUUAUAUUGUUGUCAGUUUGUAUAAUUCUUGAACCGUUGUUAGAAUAUGAUCAAGGUGGAGUUUUAUAUC